AUGGCACCAAUGUACUGUGUGCUCAUUCCAACUGCACCAAUGCUUAAUUCUAUAAACUGAGGCCCAUUACCUUCUGGAAGUGAUGCAAAGCUCAAGUUUAGGGUAACAUAGAUCUCUGCCUGCCUCCCUCUGUAUUAUAUAGGAAAUAUUAAGUGCUACAUUCAUUAACUUGCCUUUUUAUUCUCUUUCUAUACAGAUUGCUACAGUGCUUUUCCUGCCUUUUUGGACUGCGACUUGGUGCUACACCUUUUAACAUCUGGGUUUAUUAUUUUUUGGCUUCUCCUUUGUUCAGAUAAAUCCAUCUCGUCUGAACAAGUGUAAGAGAUAGCCAGGGUCUCCUUAGGGAGACCCCCUUGGGGUACCCCGGCCUUGAGCCGGCCCCUACAUUUUUCAAGAUCUGAAAAGCUCCUUUAACAGGUUUUGAAGAUGAACGAGACAGAGAGAAUUCCAUCACUCCUGUCACUGUACUCCGUCCUGGAGGAUUUCAGGGUGGAGGAUACAGAUUUUGAGGCCCUCGCCUCUUAUUACGAACAUCACUACCGGGUCCAAUAUGGGAGCAACGUCAUCUUAGAUCAGUUUAUACUGCUCUACUUUUUGGACCCGAGCACAAUCAAUGGGAACAUUAUCCAUUACUGGAUAAUGAUUUACUAUCUGGAAGAGCUCAAGAGGGAGCAUGCCACCCUCUGCAUUGAUGUGUCGCUGUCUCCUGAGACACCAACAGAGCAGCAAAUAUGGAGGCAGCAUCUGGAGUAUCUGCGGCUGCAGAAUACUGUCCAAUCUCACCUUCUCCAGCUUGGCAUGACAUUCUCGGAGAAGGAGAAGAAACUGCAGGAAGCUGCUCAUCCUCCGGUGGGGGAAAGGCUGACCUUUCGAAAACGGGUCAGGAAGGCCAUCAUGAAGAGGCUACAGAGAGUUUGGGUAAUCAUUCCACCAGAAAACUCGCCUGCUGCCAUCGAUCCACCGCCACCACCUGAAUCCUUUUUACUUGUCCUGCAAAUGAGCACAAACUUGACAUAUCUCUUAAAUGAAGUUUAUUGGGGAUUUCAUUAUCAGAAGUUUCUCUUUAAUCUCUUUGUGAGUUUUAAUGCUUUUAGUGCCAGCAGGUUUGACCGUGAGCAGAAAUUAGAAACCACAAAUGAGUUUGGAAACCUGCUUGUGGAAAAAACCGUGUUUGUUUCUUUUAAAAUCCAGCAGCAAGCAGAAGUACAAUUACUUCUGCUUGCUGCUGGAUUUUAA